GCUAAAAGCAGAAGGGCGAAGAAAUCACUUGUUUUUUUCAAUCAAAAUUCAUAUACGUAUAAAUUCCAAUCAGAUAAUGGAAUAAUUAUUAUGGGCGUGUCACACAAGUCGUAAACAUGUUGCAAUUGCUGAUAUUUAUCUUACUGAUUUUCCUCUUCAUUUACUGGAUAUUGCCAACGGGCAUUAGCUGGUAUCUGAUUAAGCGGUUUCGGGUCAAAGUGCGUAUAGGUCGCAUUUCAUUGCCGUAUUUAUCGCUCAAGAAUGUCCACAUCAGCAAAAGCGGCUUCUCUGUCCAAAUUGAGGAGGUCUGCUUGCGAAGUCGUUUCUUCACCACUGAAGUAACGAAGCUGGUGUCCAUUUACAUACGAGACAUACGCAUCAAUAAGGAUAUACAUAGCCAUCGCCAGGAUGACGUCAGCGAUGGUUGCUCUUAUGAGCCGCGCAAACGGAAGUCCGAGGUCAGGAGUGUGCCGGAUUUCCGGCAGACCAAAGUGCCGGCUAGCAUUAUUACAUUUGCCCAGUUUAUGGCCGUACAUGUGAACAACAUAUCUGUAGUGCUGAUGAACAAUGAUUUCGAUCCCGGCUGGUUUAUCCAUGCCACCGCCAAGGAGCUGCAUCUGGACGGCAGCAUUGUCCAGAAUGCACGCGUCCUGCUCGUCAAUGCGGCAUUGUUGGAGGCCCAGGCCAAAAUGUUGCGGCAUUGCAAUGCACGACGUCAGUCGCUGGAGAAUUUGAAUAAAAUACGCCCUUGUCUGGGCGAAGUGAGCUUCGAUGUGGCCCUAGAUGCAUCGCUCUUUGCCCACGGUCCACUCUCCAUGGAUACGCUCAGCCUGGUCAUAAAUAAUUGCAAGUCUGUUAUACAUGGUGGCUUGUACGAGUUCCUCAGCGAAGCAAAGCAACGCACCCAUCCUGGCCAACAAUCAAAACGAUUACAGAAGACUUUGGUGCCCGCCUCCAACAGUUACGACAAUGACAACUAUGAGAAACUGGCACCCAUUAUACCAAAGAACUUUAACUUCAGCAUUAAGGCAGCAACUUUCUCGGCAGUCAAGGAGAACUCACAGAACGAUUUCAGUGCCAAGCUGCAACUGUUUACCAUAACGGGCAAAUUCAAUUCGAAGAUUGUGGAUGAGAAGACGCUGCUGCCUUCUAUGCUGGCCAAGUUGGUGUUUCAGCAUUUGGACAUCGAUACCAAAUACGAGAAGCUGCUCUUUGUGGAACAGUUCACCAUUGACUCGGUGCUGGAGAAGGAUAUAUUCAAUCUGUAUGUCAAGCUGAAGACAUUCCAAAUUAUUUACAAUCACAGUGAGAUCUAUGAUUUUGUCAAUAACAAUUUCCUGGCACGCCAGCGUGCCACAAGCAGCCAUCAGCUGCUGCAGCUGGGCCACAAGCAAAUGUCAUUGCCGGAUCAUUUGGGCGUGGAGACAGUGAUGCAAUCGGGCUCGCCAGCUAAGCAGCGUCGCGAUGGCGGCAUUCUGGAGUGGAUUAUGGAGCGCAUUGUGGUCAAAGGCUGUGCCGAGCUGUGGAAUGUUUCGCUGCUCAUGAAACUGGAGGAUGAACAUAUCGCGAUGAGCGUCAGCCACACACGAUUUCUGCUCGAACAGAUUGAGGAGAAACGCAGUUCGCUGUAUCGCAACAAGUUUCUCAAUUUGCUGCUGAAUAAGCGGCAAUGGAGCAUGGAAUUAAUGGUGGAGACAUUGUGGUCCAAUUUGGGUAACUCCAAUAACGACACCAAUAACCUCAAGAAGACACAUUCACCGGGCUCACCAUUCUUCCUCGGUGUCAGUCUGGUCAAGCUGUGCUCCUAUGCGAACACCACCAAGCUGGACAUCUCCAUACACACGUUCCGCACUGAGUACAGCAUGCAGCUGGCUGAGUUUAUUGUCAAGUCGAUGUGGUGCAUCAAGCAGUAUGGUGGCCUGGGCACAAAGCGUGCCAAGCAAUCACAGCGUCGCUCCAGCGUUGUCAGCGCCUCCAGCUCCGUUGAACAGCAGAGCACCGCACUGCGAGUAUCCGUCAAGGUUAAGGAUAUUACGGCGUAUUUUGUGAAUCAUCACAAUGUUUACAUGCUGCUCAGCUUCUCCGAGAUUAAUUUGACUCGUGCUCACAAUUUGGCCAUGCUCAAGUUGGAGGAGUUCCAAAUGGCCAUUAUGCGUUCGAUGACUGCCUCCUCGCUGUGUCUAACCGACUUCCAAGAUGUGUUUGCCAACUGCAAGAUGAUUCGUCUCGAGCAUCAGCCAGAGACGGAGAGCCAGCCCGGCAAGCUCUCCAUUUAUAUACCCGGCAAUACGGAGGCCAUGUGGAACUCGAAUCUGCAUAUGCAUCUAUUGACCUUAGUCCGUGACAUGCAGGACCUCAAAACGGAGGUGGCAGUGCCACCAAAUCUACCUAGCAAACCAAAGGAAACACAGGCGGCCAAACGUUCGCUCAUCAUUGAGUUAUCCGCGGAGCGUAGCACGAUCUGUGAACUGAAACUGUCGGAGCGACACUCGAUACAGAUCUUUGUGGAGAAUCUGUUUUUUAGUCGCAAGGAGCGCAUCAUUGUCUAUGCGGAGAAUGUGUUCGUUAAGAUUGAUGAUCAGCACAUCUUCACAGUUAAGGAACUGGAUAUGCAAUCAUUGCCGCAACUCGAAACCCUCAGCCACGAGCGACUCAACUUUCCGGGCUUUGUGCUGCCCUCGAACAAGGUGUGGGUGACAACGAUUGGCUCGUUUAAGGCCAUCUUUCCCUACGAUCACGAUUUCUAUGAUGCAAUCAAUAAUGAGUGUGUUACGCACUUCAAGUGGCUCAAAUUGGUGCACAACUACAAAAAGAAACCGUUCACAGUGCACUCACCAUUGCCCAGUGAUUGGGUGAUCAAAAUCAAGGAGUUUCUGCUCGAGAUUAGCGACGAUCCGUUCGAGGUGAAGCUGCGCGAUAAUUAUGUACUGCUCGUGGAUGAAUAUCUGGAGAGUCUGAAGCGCAAGACGCUCUUCGACAAGAAGAUUGCCGAGCUGUGCUCGGAACGACUCCUGGUGCCCGCUGGCACCAUUGAGAGCCUCUACGCGAAUCUGGUCAAGAAGAACUCAGAGAUCUACAUACAGCGCUCGAAGAAGAUUCACGAGAGUGGUCCGGUGCGCACGCGUCUACUCGCCUGGAUCAUGACCGAUGUGGAGAUCUUGGCCAUGGCGGACACCUCCAUCCAUGGCUACGAGAAUGUGACGCGUACCAUGCGCGAAAUCGACUCGGAGAGCCCCUGGCCGGAGGAGGGACUCCAGUUCACGACGCUCUGGUGUCGCGGCGUCAACAUUAGCUGCUCGGAAUGGAAGUUUAUGUUGCGAGACUUCCCGCAACCGAUGUUCUAUGUGAAGAGCAUGCGCCUCUAUGGCAAUCUGUGCGGCGCCGAGCAAAUGCCAUCGAAGCGCGCCAAACGUGAUGUCUUCGUCGAGGUGGGUGAACCCUUCCAGACGGAUGUGGUGCAGCGCAGCAUGCCAACGAUUAAGUUCUAUCAUGAUUUCGAUUGCGAGCUGGAGAGUUGCAGCUAUGCGUUCGGACCCUGCUGGGAGCCCGUUAUGGCCCAGUGUAAUCUGAGCUUUGAGAAGAUCUCAGCGCCCUCGAAAGAUCCCAGUCCGUCACUGCCGUUCUGGGACAAGAUGCGUCUGUUGCUGCACGGACGCUUAACCCUGAUUGCUAAGCAAUUUACGGUGCUGUUGCACGCCUCGCUGGAUCCGUACAACACCACAGAGGAAAUGGAGCUGACAUGGAACAAUUGCGGCAUUGUCUGGACAAAUGCCAAGAUUAUGUUCAAGGGUGAACUCAAUGUAACUGUGAGAACAGCUUCCCGCUACGACGAUUGUCGACUGCUGCACUUCCCAAAUCUGAAGCUGACAUUUAAGUUGAAUUGGGUCUGCUUAGCCAAUCCGAAUGAUCAUCAUGCUGUGAUGCCCUGUGCGCCCGAUAAGCUGCCUGAAUACUCAAGCAAUCAGGUACACGAUUCCUUUCGCGCCUUUCGCUCCGUCAAUCUCAACGUUUGGGUCUCGUUCGAGACGAAGCCAAAGGUUGGCGAGGAGAUGGAACUAGACAUACCCAGCCUGGUGCUAUACGGCAGCACGUUGCGUUGGUUCGAAAGCCUCAAGCUCAUCCUGUCUGGUGUGACGCGACCCACACGCCGUGGACCCGUCUUCAACAAUGUUCGUCCGCGCAAGAAGCAACUGAGCAGACACUACAAGAAGGCCAAUCUGCAGAUGUCGCUGCACAAGUUUCAGGUGCUCUACUGGAUGUCGCAUGCCCUGCACAAGGGUUUCCAGCUGAACGGACGACGUGUAUCCUUCAGCUCCGAGUACUGCCUAACGCUGAAUGCCAUUGAAGAUGGCUUGAUCCACAGACCCCGGGCGGAUUGGUCAAUAGUGUACAUGAACUGCGAGGUCAACGAUGCUGAAAUCUGGCUAAAGAGCAUUGUCACCGAGAAACUCGAUAGUAGCUCCGAGAACUUGGCCAGUGCAUCGGAUGCAUUCAAAAUUGUGCGCUUCUAUUUCCUAAGUGUGGCCAAAGUCUCCUAUGGCAGGGAGGCGCUGAUAACCUCAACGGCCAGCAAUGCGGAGGAGGAUGCGAAAGCCAAGUGUACAACGCCUACGCACAAACUAGUCGUCUACGAUCUGAAAGGUGCAUGGACAAAGAGCAAUCGAGAUGUGGCCUUCGCCCUGUUCGACUCCUUCAUGAAGUCACAGAAGCUGAAGAACAAUCUCUCCACGGAGGCGGUGAAAAGCUAUCGCAAGGAGGCACCCAACUCGGCCAUGCUGAAGCACAAGCGCAGCGAUAGCACCAUAACACUAUCAAGCACCAGCAGUGAGGUGUUACCAAUUGCCAAUGCGAAUGCGUCGAUGAAGAAGGCACCCGGUCAAAUACAUGCCACGGCCAUGCUGCAGCAGCUCAUCGCCGAGGCGGAUCACAAGUUCAAUGUGUAUAGCGAUGAUCAUAGCACACAGUCCAGGGAACUGCAGUUGCAGGGACUGCAAGCGUGCUCCGUGCAGGAUAUCAUACAUGAAAACUGGUCAAUUAGUCUAGUCAACUCACAGGUGCUGCUCAAGGGCUGUGAGACGUCGGGAUAUGUCAUCAUUAGUGCGGCCAAGGCAGAGAUACUUCAGCGGGAGCAUCGACCUGUCUGGCGGGAUCGUUCGCUCAUCUCGAAGACGACGUGGAAGGGUUUGCUCGAGUGCAUGCAGUACUAUGCGACGGUCAGCGCCGGCGACAAUGAUUCGCUGCUGGAGAAGGAGAUCAUGUGGCUGACAGUAGACAACAUACAGGAUAAGGAUGAGACAGUGAUUAAUAAUCAUCUGCCCGAGGAUAUCUCGCAUCUGGUUGGCAGUGGACGCAGUGUGGGUGGCGUUGUUUCCGAAACUGUCGGCGCCAUCCUUCGUGAUAAUUCUGGCCAGGCACAGCCGGUGCAACUGCAGCGCAUCGUCUCCAAAUGUAAAUGCGAAUUCUUCUACGUAAGCUAUGGCGACGCCAUCGAUCCCAAUAGCAUUGUGGAGGUGCCACCACCACCAUCCGAGGAGACGCUGUCGCCCUGGGAGAAGAAUGACGAUCCCGUCGAUGCGUUCACCCUGAUGCAUCACGAUCUGGACGUCUGCACCAAUUCACUGCAGUACGCCAUGAUUCUCGAUAUUGUCAAUAAUCUGUUGCUCUACGUGGAACCGCAACGCAAGCAGGCAGCCGAGAAAUUGGCCAGAAUGCGCUUUCAGCUGCAACUGCACUCCACGGAGGAUCAGAAGCGACCCAUCCAGCAAAAGCAGACAGUUAUCCGUAGUCUGCUAAUGAAGAUACGCUCGCUGGAGAAGGACAUCCAUCUGAUCAGCAAGGAGCGCAUCGAAGAGGGAGAUACGCUCGAACUUCGUAUGGAUUUCGAGCGAGUUCAGCAACAGAUCCGCGAAAGCAAGGAGGAGCUAAACACAUACAGCGAGGAACUGGACAUGAUGCUGCUCUGCUACAAGGAAACCCAACUGUCGCAGCUCAGCAAGAUAUCCAAUGUACGCUCCGAUAAGUCGGUGACCAUGGUGCGUGCCAAUGAGAUCUGUUUCAAGCGCGCCCAGUGGCGACUCACGGAGACCGAUGGACAAAUUGGUAUCGCUGAUUUGGUGCUGAGCGCAUUUCUCUAUACCAAAAAGUCCAAGAGCGAUGAUUCUGUGGAGCAUCUGCUGGAGCUGGGCAAUAUACGCAUGGAGAACCUGCUGCCACACGAGAUCUAUCGGGAUGUCCUGCUCGCCACAGAGAUACAGAAGGAUAUGCCCGUGGACACGCAUAAGCGGGUGUUGCGCAUCUUCUGUCGCGAGAAGCCGCCAGUGGGUGGCAUUUCGGUUAAGGAUCACUUUGAGAUCAAUGUAGCGCCCAUAACCAUUGCGAUCACCAAGAAGUUUUACAGCACCAUGUUGAAGUUCUGCUUUCCGGAUCGCGACGCAACCGAAACUGAGAUCAGUGAUGAACUGGACGACAAUGCAUCGACCAGUUCAGCAUCUUCAACGAAUUUACAAUUGAAAUCAUCAUCAUCGUCAUCGUCGUCGUCAAAGCGUGCGGCCAAGAGCAAGAAGAGCGCCAAGGAUUCCGAGUUCUAUGUGAAAAUUGAGAAGGACGACGUGGAAAAGAUGAAGGAACGCGCCGAGAAGAACAAACUGUUCAUCUAUAUCAAAAUACCGGAGGUGCCGGUGCGCGUUAGCUAUAAGGGCAACAAGGAGAAGAAUCUGGAGGACAUUACAGAUUACUCGCUGGUCAUACCAACGCUGGAAUAUCACAAUGUCACCUGGACCUGGCUGGAUCUGCUCCUGGCCAUGAAGUCUGUGAGUAGGCGUGUCAUCCUCUCGCAGGCCAUCAAACAGAAGCUGCAAAUCCAUCGACGACAACCGGUCUUAUCAGCUGGGGAGCGUGCCACGCCCCAAGAGGAGGAUAAGGCUAAAAUGCUCUUUGGCAAUCGAUUGCUGAACGAGAACCGCAACCAAAGAAAAGGCGGCGGCGUUUUUAAAUUUCCAUCAAGCGGCAAAAGAUCGGAUUAAAACUGAACGCUGUAAUUUAAAUCAUAUUUAUUUAUAUUUCCAUAUAUAUAUAUGUAUUUGUAUAUGCAUAUGUUUAUUACGCUCCUGUUCAACGGUUCUUGUCUUGCCCAGAAACACAUCUCAACAAGAAGAUCGUCGAGCCCUUUUUAAUGGUUACAAACUACAAACAAUCACACGCAAACAAACACAACACAUUCACACACACACACACUCAAGUAUUACACUAUAAACUCUAUAAAUAUAUCUAGUAUAUUUAUGCAUAUGUGUGUGUGUUGGCCUGUCUGUCCAUCUAUCUGUCUGCUUAACUUCAUAAUAUAUUGUUAUUGCAAAUCUGUUCUUUUGUUUAACUUUUAGCAAAUAAAAGGAUUGAGAUAAAUGUAGGAUUA